ACGAAAAUAACAGCACGCCGCUAAAAUCGUGGCAACGAAGGUUUACCUAUGUGGUUGACUUCACCUGUAGCACAGUUAUUUAUCAUCGUAUUGUAUAUAUUGAACGAGUGGGUUGUGGAAUAAAUCGCUUCUGCAACAUUCUGAUCGCCGUGAGCCAGAAAGAUUUGAUGCGACGUUUGGCGCACGUAUGGAGAGUUGAAAAUUUGGCCUGCACGUCCGUUCGUCUGCUAGCACAUUAAGGAUGGACAAAGAGUCGGCAAUUCUUCAAGGAGGGUUCCUUUUGGCUAACAAGGUUAGUCUCCCAGCCUCCCUCUCCACCCUGCAGAAAGAUGACUGGCCCAAGGCGGGUCACCCAGUCCUGCAGGCGGUUCGAGAGCUUUGCAAACAGGUGCAAGAUAACGGCAGUCUCAACACAAAGGCUGUCGACUGGAGAAAGAAAAUAAUUUGUGUUCUGUGGUGUAAACUGUGGUGCAGGGAGAAUAGAGAGGAUAUAGAGACAGGCUGGAAGGAGAACCCAUUCUUUCAGAUCCAAAAUGGCCUCCCUGAGGUCAACUAUGUUGUCCUGCUAGAGCUGGUUAAGUCAAUGGCAGCAGCUGAGACCUUUGGCUACCUCCUCCGGUGUCUUCCCAGAGCCCAGAUCACUGUUGAACUGAGUAGGCUGGCUCAACACGUGGCCUGUAGCCCCACUUCAGAGGACGAUGUCCGUCUCUUCCUGGGGGUAUUUCAGGAACUGUGGAGGGGUGGAGAUGAGUGGAAGGCAGGAGAAGAAGACAGCCUGGAGAAGAUGCUGACUGAUCAGUUUGCUCGUCUCUCCUCCCAGCCUCCACUUUCAAACUUUACUGGUCAGUCCCCUCAGGCUGCUAAGAGGCUAAAGCUAGACACAUUGGAUCUGCCUCCACCGUCACCGUCUGUAUCCCCAUCCACCACUGAUGUGUUAUACAUUCUCCUCCACACUCUGAGAGACUUAAGAGAUCAUGUGUCCACAACAGACCUCUGCCAUCAAGCCCUUUCUGUUUCCCUUAACGCUGUCUACACCUCCUUCCUUAUAAAUCAAGUGGUCAUACUUCCCAUAAAGCAGAAGAUGCACUUUCUAUCAAAGGUUGUAAGCCUUAGAGUUGUGAAUGAUGGGAAGUUGACUUCAGAGCUUCUUCAGGAAGUUCAGAGAGACUUGCGAGCAUCUCACAGCCCCUCUCUGUAUCAACCCAGUAGGAUGACUCUAAAUCAAGCCUUGAGGAUUGUAACAGAGCUCAUACAGUUUUGGCAAGACAGAGGCCUGCUUAAGAUGUCCUCAGGUACUUAUCCAACUUAUUCAGCAUUUAAACUAGCACAAAGUAUCCAGAGAACUCUAGAAGCCUUGGAGGGAGUGAACACUGGAACUAUAAAUGUAAUGGAUGAGCAGCAGAGUCUGACAAAGAUGACAGUUAUACUAAGAGGUGCACAGGAGUGCCUGGCCUUCCCUGUGAUAGAGAACAGCCCUGAGAUGAAUGCUAGGGUCACAAUGGCCAUCAUUAAUUAUCGCCUUGAGAACUAUCAAGACUUUGCAGUAUUAUUGGCUUCCGAAAAGAGCUGGGCCACAAGCAACAGUCACUGGAUGGACUGCCUGGAAAGGAAUCAAGCAGCCUUUCGGCAACAUGAAACGCUAAUCACACUAUCCACCACUUUCAUGAGUGCAUGCCACAGCAACACAGUGGAUGUAAGCCAAUCCAAAAAACUACUGAAAAUCAUUGUGGACAUUUUCUCUCAACUUCCCCUUGAAGACAAGAACAAAGUAUUGGCUGCCAUGAUGACACUGUCAAGUAGAGGGCUCUUUGGGGUCUCUCUCCCCUCUGCCUUGACGGAUGGCUUUGGACAGGAACUCAACAUGGCUUUCAACUGCAUCAUCCAGGGAAGGGGUGACGCAUCAGUGGCAAUGUUGCAUAGUAGUCUGAACACCGCUGUUGCUUUGAUAGCAAGGGUAGCAUUCCAAAACCCCAAGGCUGCUUUAAGGUCUUGCUGUCAUUCAGCUAUUUUCAAUAAGGGAGGGUUCUCUCUUAUGGCUACGAUCCUGCAGCAGCUACAUGGACUGAGAGGGAGGGAGAUAAAAGAUGAGGAACAAAGGAGUUGGGAAGUAGACAUAGAAAAAGCGGCAGGCGACCGGACAUAUGGAAGAAGAGAUGCUGUAGGUGACCAGAGUCUACUCUGUUGUUGCCUGCAGGAGACAAUUAAGAACAAAUUGUUGUCAGCCAAUGAAAAAGAACAGUUCCUCAAGUUCCUGGGUCUGCUAAUGACGCCUGUCAUAGAGAUUGAGGGAGAAGAAAGAAGACAAAGUUUUUUGUUGCCCCAGGAAGUUGUGUGUUCUUUCGUCUUGCCUCACCUUUCCUCCAUGGAUUAUGGCCUUAGUUCCUCUCAUGGUCUUAAUUUUGAAGCCAGUCUGCAGCUACUCCAAGGUGCCCUGAGUCUGGAGCUCCAGGAGCCAGUCUCUUCUCCUCACUGGGUCCUGAACUGUUCUCCCUUUCCUCUGCUCUACAUCCUGGCCCAGCACCUCCACCAGGCCACCAGGUGUUGGGAGCAGCCACAAGAGGCUGCACACUCCCACUUUUCAAUGGACACCAAGGAGCUGCUGGUCUCAGCACUGACUACACUGGGGUACAUAGUAGGUCGAGAAGUAGCAGUUGCCCCCAGUACCUGGUCUAGAGCCCUGUUCUGGCUCUACAACAAGAUGGAACAGCUAGACUGGACCGUUCGCUUCCACUUAAAGACUGUAUGGGGAGAGCACUUCAAAAAUGAGGUGCCAUCAUCUCUGAUGACUGUAUGUGCUCUUCCAGAACAGGAGUGGACAGAUUUGGAGCUGCCCCAUUAUGGCCAGGGAACAGGCCUCCUGGCCUGGAUGGAGUGCUGCUCUAUAUCACACUCCAUCCAAACCACCAUGCUGUCUUGUCUCUCUUUGGACCAGUGUAAUCCUGAUCACUGUAACAUGUUCAGCAAAGGCCUGCUGGUGGCCCUGACUCAAACUCUGCCCUGGUGCUCCAUCUCUGAGUGGACUAGACUGCUGAGAACCUUGCGGGAGCUCCUUUGCUCAGGCAAGCUUCAUGUUCCCUACUCGUUGGAGUAUGUGGACUACCUGCCUCUCCUGGAUCUCAGGGACUUCUCCUAUGAGCUCCGCUUGUCGGUUAUCCUGCUGCGUGUCCUGCAGUUUCUCUGUGGUCCCAGCUGCUCCAACUGGCUACCAGUGGAAGGAUGGUCUCAUGUUGGGAGGUUGUACGCCCAUGCUGUGAGGGAGAUACUGGCAUCGCUGAAAUCCCAACUGCCUCUUUCUUCAACCAUCAGUUCAUCUAUUUCUCCAAAAACCUCUGCCACACCUGCUCCAUCAUCUGAUUCUGUUAUGUCAUCGAAGCCAGAAGACUGUAGCCAAGCCUCUGCUUCAUCCAAACUUUCAAAAGUGUCUAAGAAGCCAGAAGACCAUAAACACAAAGUGUCUCCACUCACCAUCCCUGCCCUAUCUGUAGAGCCACUGAAAGAGGAAAGAGUUCCAAUAGUUCCCAGCAAGGAAGUCUUGUUUGUUCUCAGCCAGCUCUUCUGUCAUGUUCAACAUGUUCAGGUGAUGAUGCCAGGGGGUCAGUGUGAGCCUCUGUUCCUGUGUGCCUUGGAAAUCCUCAGCCACUACAAGGCCAUCAUUACUGCCUUCCCAGACAGCAGCACACCCCUGGAGAGUGACAACACCAGACACUUCUUCUCCACCAUCACAAACAACCUGGAGAACGAACAGAUGAAGGCUGUGCUUCAGCAGAACAUCACUCAACUCAUGUCCUCGGUGGCAUAA